AUGCGAAUCACUGUUGCAAUCGUAACCACUUUACUGGGGCUUUUGCAGCUGACGAUCUCUUCCGAGAAGUCCCAAGUUCAAAUAGGAUUGACGAAUGCGCCGUCAGUGAAACUUCAUGUUAAGUCAAAACGAAGGGCAGUGACAUUACAUGGAAAAACAGAGUUUGACAUUUACGCUACUCCUGUGGUAUCACCAAAUGGCACUAGCAUGUAUUACAAUAGCUACGCAAAGUUCAUUGAUGAAGACUCGGAAUUCAUCUAUACCAUAAUUGACGGUGCCUUUUACUUGACAACCAAAGACGCUAGUAACACUCCGACGGUUCAAUGUCUAUCUUCCAGCAUACUGCCAUUCCAUGAGAUCCUGCCAGCUCUCAAUGAUGUUACUUCAAUUCCAAGCGCAUCCAUUGGUAACGAUUUUGUGGAGUGUACACGUGGAAACUUGUUUGAAACGUCGUUUCUCAGUGUUCAGUAUGCCAUUUGUGCGUCGGGUAAAGCUGGUUUCACUGUACACGGUAGUGAUUUGGAAAUUUCUGUGGCUUAUCUCGAUGAACCAGUCCGCAUACAAAAGCCUGAGCUAGCCGAUGAAUCUAAUUUGUGUGAGCCCAUUGAAAUGGCCACAUCGAUAUCGCCUACAGCUUUAGCGUUAAUCACUGGAGACACAGUUCGUACGAGUGUUUCCAGAAGGUUGAAAUUCAAAUGGCCAUGGGAGAAAAAGUUUCACUUGGACAUGAAGCCGUCAGAGUGCAACAAAUGCCUACAUACCCCGCGUCCUUGUAUUUUCUUUCAUGGUUUGGGGAAUGGUAGAGAAGAAGCUGAAUUGCAGGAUACGCCUAAAUUGAUCUCGACACAAUAUGGAGAUAUGCGUGGGCACGGUCCUUGUUGCUCCACGCUCAAAUAUGCCGUACUUAACACAAACGAUUUUGGAUGGACAAACGACACACUACAACAGAAAUUCUGUGACCAUAUGUAUACGAUGAGUCCCACAAGCAACAAAACCAACAAAAUAGUUAGGGAUACAAUUGUCGUGACGCACUCAAUGGGCGGACUUGUGUUAUCCGCUGCAAUUGCCAGUGGGAAGUGUAAAUUGGCAAACACGGCAUCGUGGGUAGUGCUUAGUCCACCGAUGGCCGGUAGUAUGGCUUCAGAUUUUGUCGUGGAUGCCUGCGACAAGGGUACGCCCGACUUUGCUGUGAAUCUCUUGGAAUUAGUUGGUCAGUGUCCAGUAACGGUCGCACGCCAAACAACAUUUCGUCUGGGUGGAAGGUAUAUCACUCCAUCCCUAGAAGCAGCGUAUCUAGCAGCGCAAAAAGCAUUCCGCAAAAAUGCGUUUGCGGUGCUUUGCAGUGACUACUUUCUUGGUCUUGUUUCAAGGCUCCAAGCUCUCUGCGUCCUUGCAGGUACAGUAAUACCUCACAGAUCAUUGAAAAACGAUGGGCUAGUAGAGUUUGAAAGCUGUCUGGGUGGUCUUGACAGUAGUAUGUUUGGUGACAAUUACAUGGACACAUACUAUAGAGCUCAAGUGAAUCACGGCGACUCAGCAUUUUUGGCGGCCGAUAGUUGGUUGUCUGACGCACAAAAACCGCAUAAAUGGUUCGAGUGUCUACCAUUGUAA